AUGGCACCGACAAAAGAAAAAGGCGGGUCAACUAAGCCCGUCACUAGUGAUCCUCGUUUUGCAAGGGUUCAUAACGAUCCUAGAUUUCGCAUCCCCAAGCAACGACUUCAAAAAGUUAAAAUCGAUGAGCGUUUCCGUGAGCGGUUACAAAAUGAUGAAGACUUUAAAAAGCGACCAACAGUUGACAAGUAUGGUAGAAAGAAGAAUGUUGAAAGUGCUGAGAAGGAGCUUAGCAAAUAUUAUAAUUUGAAAGAAGGUGAUGAUGAAAGCGACGAAGAAUAUAGUGAAGAGGAAUCCAGUGAAGAUGAAGACGAGCAAGAAGAUAAGGCUGAGAAGAAAGUUUCAAAACCCAAAACCGACGAAGGAAACGAAGAUGAGGCCAGAGAAGCAGCAGAAAAAUUAAAAAAGUUUCGACGAGCUCGUGGUGAAAUUGUUGAUGAUUCUUCUGAAAGUUCAUCAGAUGAGGAUUCUAGUGACGAAUCAGAAGAGGAAGAUCUGGUUAUUGAAGAAAACGAGGUCCCCCUGGGAGAUGAGACUACCACAUUUGCUGCUGUUAACAUGGAUUGGGACAAUAUUCGUGCUGUUGAUUUGAUGGCUACCUUUUCAAGUUUUGUUCCACCUAAUGGACGGAUAGAGUGGGUGAGAAUAUAUCCCAGUGAGUACGGCAAGGAAAAAAUGAACCAGGAAGCAGUUUCAGGCCCGCCACGAGAUCUUUUUAAAAGUAAGAAUAAGAAAGAAGAAAGUGACAGCGAAGACGAAGAAGAGGAUAAACCCCUUUUUGAGGUUGAUAAUGGUGAGGAUGUUGAAAGCAAUUCUUUAAGAAAAUACCAGCUGCAACGUCUGAGAUAUUACUAUGCAGUAGUCAAAUGCAACAGCAUUGGCACCGCACGCAGCAUUUACGACAACUGUGAUGGUGCCGAAUACGAAGCUACAGCCAAUUUGUUUGACUUGAGAUAUAUUCCUGAAGGUGAGACCUUUGAAGAUAAGCCUCGGGAUGAGUGUACCCUCGUUCCCGCAAACUACCAGCCACCAAAUUACGCAACCGACGCACUUCGUCACUCUAAAGUUCGUUUAACAUGGGAUGAGACCCCAGUUGAGCGCAUGCAGUUUGCAGCCAAGGCAUUUAGCAGGAAGGAGAUUGAGGACAUGGAUGUCAAGGCAUACUUGGCAAGUGACUCUGAGGAAGAAGAAGAUGACGACAAGGAGCAGAAAAAGAAUCUUUACAAGUCGUUAUUGGGUCAGAGUGAUUACAGUGCUGUUUUCAAUGGUGAAGAUAAGGACGAUGUUGACAUGGAGAUUACAUUUACUCCCGGCCUGGACGAAAAGAAGAAGACUGAAGAGGAGGUCGAAGAGACGACGAUUGAAAAGUAUAAGCGCAAGAUGAAGGAGCGCCGCAAGAAGCACCAAGAUAAGAUCAAGGAAGAGAAGGAAGUUGAGAAGGAAGAAAAGUCAAAGAAGAAGGGUAAGAAGGGUAAGAAAGAAAAGGAGGAUGAAGAAACUAGCAAGGAGACUGCUGAACUUGAGCUUUUGAUGACAGAGGAUGGCGGUGAGAAACGUUUGGAUCAUUUCAACAUGAAGGAGAUUAUGAAGGCCGAGAAGCAGCUCAAGAAGAAGGGUAAGAAAGGUAAAAAGGGUGCUGAGGAAAUGACGGCACCAGCAGGUCUUGACUUUAAGCUUGAUGUGAAUGAUGAACGUUUCCAGGCUCUUUACGAGGACCACGAUUUUGCAAUUGAUCCCACCAAGCCGCAAUUUAAGAAGACACAAAACAUGGACCGUCUUAUGGAUGAACGACGGAAACGUGCAGCGGAGCACGCUGAGGACGAUUCAGAGGCUGCGCCGGCGCCCAAGAAAAAGGGCAAGUCUGCGUUUGAUGCUGAGAAGAAGCAGAAGAAACAAAAACUGGAGGCUGGCGACCAGUCGUUGUCGGCGCUGGUAGACAAGGUCAAACGGCGUGCACGAGCGGGGAAGUGA